AGCCCCCGGGAUCAGCGCCUGUCUGCGCCGGCUUCUGGAGCCAAUCCUACUCGCUGCUCCGAGCAGAUACAGUCAGCUGCAGCUCCUGAUACCCAACAACCCUCCACUUCUACCUCAACACAUCCACGUGCCUUCAUAUCCUAUUUUUGUUUAAAAAAAAUACGUUUUCUAAAAUGUUUCAAAUUGAUAAUUCCCCGUGGAAUCAAAACUGAUCUAACUUGAUCUUCUACCUCCUGUUUACAGAGUAUUUAGUUAAUAAUGAACAGAGAGGAGGCCAAGCUCAACAGGAAGGGGGAGUGAAUUUGCAAAACCACUCAAUCAUCCCUUGAAAUGCCAGUGAGCAAUGGAAUCUACAAAACUAUCCAUAUUAUCAACUGCCGGUGUGCAGUAUAACAUAGACAUUUGCCCUUAUCUCUCACUGUUAUUGAGAUAGCUUUUAUGCAAAUUGCAUUUCUAAAAAUGAAAAUUAUCUGACUUUCUUGAUCGGAUUUGCACAGCAAGGUUGAAGAAAAUUGGAGAAAAGAAAUGGAAGGUGAAACAAAUAUGACAGGCUCAAAGGAUGACAGUGAAAAUAGUGUUUUGCUAUUUUCAGAUGAAGAUGAUGGGAUUGAGCAGUUGUUACAGGAUAUUAGCAAGAAGACAAUGAAAAUAGUUGAUGAGCAAAUGGACUCGCCCAUCUCUAUACAUAGCUCAGAAGGAGAUUAUGUUCCGGAUACAAUUCAAGGUGAAUCUCAGCAGAAUGUGUUGAAUUAUCAACCUGAAUACACUGCUCCACUUACUCCUCCUGGUGACAUUGAAAGAACUGUGGUAGAGAUAUCAGAGCGGGAUAGCUCAGAUUCAGAGAGUAGUUUAUUUAUAACACAGCGUCCUGUUGUACCAGUAAGAAAGGCGAGAAGACGGGCCACCAGAAAACGUCCAACCAGAUCAGCCAUCCAAGAUCAAACUGCAGAAAAUACUGACAGCUCGACUGACUCAGACGACAUUGCAUAUCGUCCAAAUUAUGUGAUGGUUGGUGAAGGAAAGAGAUGGCGACGACGUAAGAAAUACAAAAGGAAAUCCGUUUAUCAGAGGACUGGGCAUCCUGUAGGAAGGCCUCGAUCAUCCUUAACCAAAGCUGAGAAGAUGAGGAGGUUGAAGGAACGAGGGUUACAGUUUCCAUUUGUGCAGAAGGAAUUUGGAAGAAAGCAUUUACCAUUUAAGAUGAUUUUUGCAUAUGAGCAAGCAGCUCUGUGUGGAUUAUUUACUUACAUGAAGGAGUUAAAAUGUCAAAAGCACCUCGUAAAGUCCUUAGAAAAAAUAAAUGUGGACUGUCCAAACAGAGACCGUGGCCCACUAAGGCAAUGCAAGUACUUGGAUGAGAAAAGACCAAUUUCACCGAUACAAGAAAGCAGUGAUGAAACCUGCAUUGAAGACUUCAAUAACGAAAACACAUUCGGUGUAAAAGUUGUGGAUAACAGCUGUUUUAUAAUGGAAAAGAUUGGAAAAUAUAAAAAGAGCCGAAGGAAAAAUAACUCCAAUGGCAAAAAUAAAGACAAAUGUUUAUCUAAUGGCAAAAGUAAAGCCAUUGAGAAAAAUAAAUCAGUAACUGGCCAACAAAAUAACACAAAAUCUUCCUCUAUCUGAAAAUUGUGGCAGAACAAUUGGCGGUAACAACAAUAAUAGAUAUUCCAUUGUUGAAAUCUACAAAGAACUAGUAUAUCAUCUGAUGAACUGGAAAAUGCGAAAACACAGACAUCUUUAUUUUCUGAAGAAUCCCAAGACCAGUGAACACUCAAAAGUAUGGGACAGAAUGGAGAAUGUGAAUCAGCGCAUCCAAUCCUUGGCAACAGCAUCUCUGCAAGAAGUGUUUCCUUUAUGCAAAGUGACCCAAUGGAACAUGUUAACAAUAAUAAAAAAACUAUUGUCGAUAUCUAAAAGAAAGAUGAAUAAUUGCUAAUGGGAAUGACUAUUUAAUUCAUUAAUGAUCAAUAACCAACUUUUAGGUAUGAAGAGGUUAGCUGCUGAUCUGGAGAAUUUAACAAUUGUACGUCAUAAUGGCAGUUGGUUAAUAUUCCUGCUAGAGAUAUGUUUUUCAUUGCAGUCUGUAUAUGUUCAUAAGUGAGAUCAAUAAUUUACAGUUGGAUAAAAUGUCUGAAAAUAAGUCAUUUUGUAUUCAUUUUGAGGAUAUUCCAUUGUCAAGAAUAUACUGGUUAAAAGACAAUUGUGCAACUGAAAUAUAUAAUUGUAAUACUGUGGGCAAACCUUUUGCAAAGUGAAAAAUAUGCUUGCAGUCCACAACAAAAACUCAAUGUGCUGUGCUAAUUGGAGGAUGGCUAAGACAUAGUAGUACAUAAAAUAUUGUUUCAAAAAUAA